AUGCCAAGAAGGGCACAAAGAAGGACAGUAAAAAAAAGAGAUACAGCUGCUCAGAGAUUCUAUAACCGCUUAUCACUGCCUCCAGCAGUUCAGUCCACCUCUGCACAGCAAUGCCUAAAUUCUGUAGAGCACGGUGUCACCCAGGAACCAGCUACUCCGUCAACUCCACCUCCCCUGCCACACUACCAGCCACCAGCUACCCCAUCAACUCCACCUUCCCUUCCAUGCUACCAACCACCAGCCACCCAGUCAUCACCUUGCCUGCCACGCUACCAGCCACCAGCCACCCAGAGAUCACCUUCUUUGCCACUAUACCAGCCACUAGCCACCCAGUCAUCUCCACCCCUCCUGCCAUACUACCACCUAUCAGGUACCCCAUCAGAGUACCAGUCUUUCUUUAUACAGCCUCUCCAAAAUUAUCCACUCGCACCUUCUUCUAACCAUCCACAGUAUCCACAGCAUCACACUGCACAGCCAGUGUCUUUCAACCAGUUGCAACAGAUGCCUGUUUUAACAAAUUCAGCUGAGCAAUGGAAGCCAACAACUCCAAGUAAACUUGCAGCCAAAGAAAGCUUUCUUAAAAUGUUGUACAGUCCCAUUGUACCAGAAACACCGCCUGCUUGUCCUACAGAGAAGAGCACAGCUAGUAGUUCUGAAUACGAGAACUCAAGCUUUAGCUCCUCUGCAGCUAGUUCUAUCAAUGAGAUUGCUCCAGUACCAAAAUAUGGAGAACCAAGUGUGAGAACGAAACCAGGGGGAGCAUGGAAGCCAUGUGAGGCCUGUAAGCCAGAGCUGGCAAAAUUAAUGGAAGAGAAUGAGAAACUGGAGGAGGUGCUGUGUAGUAUUGGUGGUGAACAACUUGAGGCAUUAAAAAGCUUUCUGGAAAAAGUUGAACAGAUACAACCUCAGGCUGGUAAAGUGGUCUUUUUCUGUCCUCUACCCGUCUAG